GUUUGUUUUUGUAAAGCCAAAGAAGUUACAGAGCCGGAAUGAAAAGGAGUGUAAAUUGCUUGGAAUCACAACUUCAUCAUGUUGCCAUCUGUCGUUAUACUCUUGGCGGCUGUUUUGCUCUUCAUGCUCCUCUGCCAGAACCGCAGGGCCAAAAAUUUCCCUCCGGGCCCUCGACCCAUUCCCAUCUUUGGAAACGUGCUUCAGCUCAAUCUGGAGAGCCCUAUUGCAGAUCUGGAGAGGCUGGCCCAGCGCUAUGGUAAUGUCUACAGCCUUUUCAUCGGUCCGAGGCCUGCGGUCAUCAUCAAUGGGCUGCAGGCCUUGAAAGAAGCCCUGGUCAACAAAGCUGCUGACUUCUCUGGCAGACCACAAGACCUCAUGAUUAAUCAUGCUGUACAAGUUAAAGCUCAUGCUCCCGGAGUGAUUCUAGCAGAUUAUAACCCCGGCUGGAAAGAGCAACGACGCUUUGGUCUGAUGAUCCUGCGAAACCUUGGUCUGGGGAAGCAGUCGAUGGAUCAGUGCAUUCUGCGAGAGACACAAAGCAUCAUGAAGCUGUUGGAGCAGAGUGUCGGUAAGACCAUGAAUCCUCACAAGUUGUUCCACAGUGCAGCUUCCAACAUCAUCUGUCAAAUUCUGUUUGCUAAGCAGUUUGACUAUGACGAUGAGUUCAUGGAGUUUUUUGUUGGCCUUUUCCAAGAGACCUCUAAAAUAAUCAAUGGGCGCUGGGGUAUGAUUUAUGACUCUUUUUCCAUGGUGCGAAACCUGCCACUGCCCUUCCAGAAGGCUUUUAAGUUGUUCAAGAGUGCACAUGAAAAACGUUUGGAGUUGAUGGCUGAGAACAAAAAGACCAGAGUUCCUGGUAAACCGCGCCAUUUUAUCGACUGCUACCUGGAUGAAAUGGAUAAGAGAGGCAGUGAUGGCUCCUUGUUUUCAGAAGACCAGCUUUGUGCAUUUAUUUUGGAUCUACACUUUGCUGGGACUGACACAACUGCUAAUACACUGCUCGCUGCCUUCCUCUACCUAAUGAAUCAUCCACAGGUACAGGAGCGCUGUCAGCAGGAAAUAGACGAUGUUCUGGAUGGGAAGGAUGAAGCCAGUUUUGAAGACAGACACAAGAUGCCCUAUGUGCAGGCCGUCAUUCAUGAGAUCCAGAGAAUGGCUGACACUGUUCCUCUCAGUGUUUUCCACCGCACCACUAAAGACACAGAGUUAAUGGGAUACUCCAUACCGAGGGGAACUGUUAUCAUCCCCAACCUCUCCUCAGUGCUGAGUGAGGAGGGACAGUGGAAAUCCCCCCGUGAAUUCAACCCUGAAAACUUCCUCAAUGAGCGAGGGGAGUUUGUGAAGCCAGAAGCCUUCAUGCCUUUCUCUGCAGGUCCUCGUAUGUGUCUGGGAGAGCUUCUGGCUCGUAUGGAGCUCUUCCUCAUCGUGGUAACUCUGCUGAGGAGGUUCAAGUUUUUGUGGCCUGAGGAUGCAGGAGAGCCAGACUACAAGCAUGUUUUUGGUGCAACCCAGACCCCAAAACCCUAUUGUAUGAAUGUCCAUUUCAGAAAAACAAUCCCAAGAAAGAGGUUACCUUGAAACCAUAAGUAUGGAUCUUUCCGUAUCUCACAAAUUUGAUUUUGAGACUUGGGGUCAAGAUUCAAUUCAAAAACUAUUCCUGAUAUAAAAUUGAUUCCUCACUCAUUAGGCCUACAUAGGGGUUCUUAUUUCAGGAUCUACUCUGCUCCCCCAUCUGCUAAUAAAGGCUGUGGGGCAAAUUAUGGCAUGAAAGCAAAGUAUAAGAUUUUAUGUUUGAAAAGUUAUAUCAACUGAUUGCAUAAUGUGAACACACAAAGGCAAAAUGUAACAUUAAUUCAUACUAAAUGUGCUCAAAAAACACAUUUUACAAGGAGGUUUUUAGUAUUCCUCCUCGAUACGAUACCUCUAUAUUUCACUUCAAACACCUUAGUUAGUUGGCAGGUGGCUGAAGGGAGUUUGCCUAAAAGUUGCCUAAUGCUUUUGAAUAUUACAUGUAAUUUCUAGUAAAUAUCACAACAUAAAAUGUGUUUUUUCUGAAUUAACAUAAAAACAUCAGAUGACGACAAGUCCUACUCAAGAUAUUCAUCUCUUAAGCGCCACAUCUCCAGUCUGAUAUUAAGCGAACAGCUGAUAGGUACAUGGUUUGCUUACAUGACAUAGUAUAACACUAAUAUAGAUUAUUUUAUAGGAAAGAACCUUUUAGAAAUAGAUUUUCUGAAAGUUGUGUAUUGAUUCAUAUUCUAAGGAGAUAAGAACCACGAUUCUAUCAAUUGUACAAAAUUCAACUCAAAAUUCAACUGAAAAGGCUCACUUAAAGGUGAAUAGAAGUUGUACUUAAAACAUUAUACAACUUGUUUACACUGCCUCCAAGUGGCCAAAACAAUUCUAUAAACUACUACUGUGACCUUCAUUCAAUGCAACAAAAGCUGCUAUUUGUAGUCAUCGUGUAGUUUACAGAAUUCAAAUAAGCAGUCGGAUUAUUUCUUAUCAGGUGAAACCAUAAAUUCAUAUGUUUUUUUUCUAUUUAUCACUUAUAAAUGAUUAGACUGACUUUCAGCCAGAUAUUGUGAUUAUCAUAAAGUAUUAUACUCAGUGAUGCCUUUUUGCCAGCGUAAAAUUUAAAUCACAAAAUGAUGUACAUUUAUGUCUAAUAAAUUAAUUGUGUAACAAGAAAUCAACCUUGUCCCCAAAGAAUGGGAAUCUGCCACAUAAAUUUUGAUUUAACUUGUGUACAAGUGGAAAUUUAGACAUAAGGGUGGCACCAAAGGAAAUGUAAUGUAACCAAAAUCACCAGGAUUCAAACUGUAAACUGUUGGGACUUUAAACGUCUUAACUUAUAAACGUCAGAAUAUGUAAUAUUACAGCCAACCGCUGCAGUUACUUUGCAGUUUAGGAUAUUUCAUAUUACAUAACCUGUGAUGAACUUCUAUGAUCUGAUGUUGAUGAUGAAAUUAGGCCGCUGCUUACAUGUUACUACAUAAUACUUCUAUACUUUUACUCAAUUAAGAUUUUGAAUGCAAUACUUUAACUUGUAAUUGAGCAUUUUUCUACUUUGGUAUUAAUACUUUUACUUGAAUAAAGGAUUUUAAUUCUUCUUCCAGCCCAGAAUACAGUGUUGAUGAUUCACUGAUUCGCUCAUCCUUUAUCUAACCCGAUAUUAAAAUAAAAUGAACCUACAUUG